UGGUGUGCUUGGUGUGUGGGAUCUGAAAUUAGUCACAAUAGUAAAAUGCCAAUUUCCUGAGAGUUUACUUUUUUAAUUUUGGAAACAUAAAUGUAGACAAUAAAAUGACGGUAGUAGAAUUUUUUGGUUGUACGUUUUUGGCCUUCGGGCCCCCUUUCGCCAUGUUUGUAUUAACCAUUGCCCACGACCCUGUUAGAAUAAUUAUUUUAAUUGCUGCGGCCUUUUUCUGGCUGCUUUCCUUACUACUAUCGUCAAUGUGGUGGUUUAUAGUCAUACCAUUAAGAAAAGAUUUGGUGUUUGGGGUGGUGUUUUCUGUGCUGUUCCAAGAAGCCUUCAGAUUUUUAAUAUACAAGAUACUUAGAAGAGCAGAGAAUGGCUUGAAGAAAAUUACAGACGAUAGUGUUACUUUAAUAGAAAACAAACACAUUUUAGCGUAUGUAAGUGGAUUAGGGUUUGGAAUAAUAAGUGGAGCUUUCUCAAUUAUCAAUGUAGCAGCAGAUGCUAUUGGUCCAGGAACUAUGGGGCUCAAAUCUGGCACUGAAAUGUUUUUCUUGACUAGUGCAGCAACAAGCUUGUGUUUUAUACUUUUACACACGUUUUGGAGUGUUAUUUACUUUAAUGCUUGGGACAACAACAACAGGCUGCAAGUGGGAUUUGUAGUCAUAUCCCAUAUCAUAUGCUCAUGUCUCACAUUACUCAACCGUUACCAAGUAUACUCUGCAUCACUGAUUCCUUUGUAUGCAAUGGUGAUUUUAACUGGGAUAAUAGCAUUUAAAACAGCUGGUGGCUCAUAUUCGUCCUUCAAAAACUGUAUUCUCUUUAAAUAGAUUUGUAUAAAAACUAAAUAAUUAAGUUAUUUUAUAAUGUUAAGACUUUAAUUUAUAUAUUAAUUUUAUAAGUAUCUAAUAAUACAAAUUUUUGCCAAAA